CGUGCUGAAGGUUAUGUCAAAACAGUGUUAUGUGAUUAGUGCUUGCGGACGAUUUAUAAAGUUCUUCAAGCAUAGUUAAAUUUUAGGCAUUUAUUCGGCAAAUUUAAGUAACAAAAUGUUCCGAAAAAGUUUACUAACAGUAAUUCGUCAGGGUAGUUCCGUCAUCACCAACGGUACCGGCGCCGGUCCAACCACCCGUAGCUUGUACUCCGCUUCGGUGCUCGGCCUGGAUGGGUACGAAGCCUUCCGGGAGAAAACGCGCACCCAACACCUGCAUAAUGUGGACAAUUUCAAGCGCAAGAUGCGGGACUUUGUGGCCGGUUCGACAUCGAACAUGAUCUUCACCGAGGAUUUGAAGAACAUCAUCCACCUGGCGGACAACACCGACGAGGAUAAGAAGCUGCUGGUGGACAUGCUCGAAAAGUACAACGCCCAGUCCACGGAACUGCGCUUCGGCAACUACAUCUUUGGACCGGUGGUGAUGCGUGCCUUGUACUCCAUGCAAGACCCCGCCCUGGCAUUCAAGCUGUUCAAGGAUGAAAAAUACAGCGGCUUUUUCGAUCAGCUGUCCACCUACCAAAUCCUCGGCGACUUGCUCUAUGAGCACGGUCUCUACGCGGAAGUGCGGGAACUGUUCGACCUGAUUAAAUCGCGUCAGGUGCAGGGAGGACGCUACCCGAAACAUCCGAUCACACUCACAUUUGCCGCGUGCUAUCGGGAGAACACCGAAGAGUCCUUCCGGUACGCGAUGGAUCUGUGGAAGGAACUGAACGCGGUUGGACACAUCCCCAUGCGAAAGGCAACGGCUUUCGCUGCGGCCCUGGCUCUGAAGCACAAUCAACCGGGCAUUGCGUUGGAAAUCGUGGGAACCGUGGCCAAGGGAAACUACGUCACCAUCCGACAGCUGAGGCUUCUAGCCCUCACCGAAAUGGAACGCCUAGACGAUUUGAUUCCCGUGUUCCGGACGGUGUUGGAAGUUGGGGGACCACUGGAGAAACGGCACACCUUCUGCAGGGAAGUGGUUCAAAAGGUGAAGGACGUUCUCGCCUCGACCAAGUCCGAGGUGCCCCAGGACCUGAAUCGAAUGUUGGAAUUCCUGGAAGCGAACGGUCACAUUGCGGACAUCACGCUGGAUUCGUUGUUGUGCCAGGAAAUUGCAUCGACCGCCCAGAGGAAGGAUCCUCCCAGCAAUUUGGCCGAAAGCUAUCGCACCCGUGGAGGCUCGCAGCAGUUCAAAAGGUUUACCCCAACGAGGCAACAGAAAUCACGGUUCGCAAGGCCCGGGUUGGCUGAUAUGCACUGAGUUGAGAGGGGAGCUUCAAUUCAUAGGUUUUAGACGUCAAAUAAAAAAGAGGUCAUCAUAA